AUGGCUUCAUUACUGCGCAUGAAGGCUGUCACAGGCCUCUCCGGCCUAUCGCGAGUCGCCGUUUCUCGAGUCGCCCUCUCCCACAGCGCAACCCUCUGCCAGCGCGGCGCCAUCGACCCCCAACGUCGCCUGUUCAGCAACUCUGGCUUCCUCAAUGGCUCCUAUAUCGUCUCCGUGCCUCCCAUGGCCGAGUCCAUCACCGAAGGAACAUUGUCCAGCUUGUCCAAGAAGGUCGGCGAGGCGGUCGAGCAGGAUGAGGAGAUUGCCAGCAUCGAGACUGACAAGAUCGACGUUCUCGUCAACGCGAACGAGCCCGGUGCCAUCGCCGAAUACUUUGCUGAGGAGGGCGAUACCGUUGUCGUCGGACAGGAUCUUGCGCGUAUCGUGACCGGCGAGGAUGCUGGUUCUGCCAAGAAGAGCGAGGGAGGAGAGCAAAAACCAGCCAAAGAGGAACCCAAGAAAGAGGAAUCCAAGCCUUCCGAGCAACCCGCCAAGACUGAGGAGAAGAAGUCUUCUCCCGCUCAAGAGGCUCCCAAGCCUUCAAAGCCCGCUGAGUCUAAGCCUGCGCCCAAGGAGUCCAAGUCGGCUGCUCCCGCACAAAGCUCAGGCGCCCCUGGCCGAGGCGAGCGAGUUGAGAAAAUGUCCCGUAUGCGACGAACCAUUGCCGGCCGUCUCAAGCAAUCCCAAAACACUUGCGCCUCCCUCACCACCAUCCAAGAAGUUGACAUGUCCAACUUGAUCGCAUGGCGAGCCAAGUACAAGGAGGAGGUCGCCGAGGAGCAUGGGGUGCGUCUGGGUUACAUGGGUGCCUUCACAAAGGCCACCACCAUGGCUGCCCAAAAGGUCCCCCAGAUCAACGCUCAAAUCGACACCGAGAAGGAGAUCAUCACAUACCACGAUUACGUCGAUGUUAGCAUUGCCGUUUCAGCACCCAAGGGUCUCGUUACCCCUGUGUUAAGGAACACCGAGUCUCUCAGCAUUGUUGAGCUCGAGCGCGCGGUUGCUGCUGCUGCCAAGAAGGCUCGUGAUGGUAAGCUUACCAUGGAGGAUAUGGAGGGCGGAAGCUUCUCCAUCAGCAACCCCGGUAUUUUCGGUUCCAUGUUCGGAACUCCCGUCAUCAACUACCCCCAGGCUGCUGUCUUCAACAUGAACGGCAUCCGACAAGAGGUCGUUGCUAUUAACGGCGAAGCUGUCAUCCGACCUAUGAUGUACAUCAGCUUGACCUAUGACCACCGUCUUAUUGACGGCAGAGAGGCUUCUAUGUUCUUGAACACUGUCAAGAAGUACAUUGAGGAUCCUUCUCGCAUGCUCCUUGCUUAA